AGACUGUGGACAGUAAAUACUUUGCAGCCGUUUUUUCCUGCAGUCAUUGAAGGAAACACGGCUCCAUUGUUCCUGUGAAACGUCUGAGAAUAAACGCGCUUUGUCACCUUUAACAUUUACAGAAACUUUAAACCAACUGAAGCUUUUCGUGACGUGAAACUUGUUUUUCUGUGCUGAUCGUGGAAAACUUCGGCGUGUGUCAGCAAACCGCAGCUGCUCUCGUCCUGUUUUGAUCAGCUGACCUGCCUCGGUCACAUGACUCGGUCCUCUUCCUCUGCUCGGCUCCUCUGAGCACGAGCGCGAUCACACACCUGAAAGCGCCGCUGGAUCACAGCUGCAGGGCAGGUGGAGGCACCGCGGGUGGAGGAGCCGCAGAACUCCGCGUGGAAAACGCAGUUUUAGGUUUCGGCUCUGCGGCGGCUGGAAGAGAGCAGCCUGCGUUCAAACAAGAGUCCCGCUGAGGGUUUGACGGAGGCCGAGACGGAGGCGUGUUUCUGGGUUUUCACCACUUUGUGUGUCGUCGUCUGCAGCUGAGCGGUGGUGUUUGCGGUGUCACCUGCUGAGAGGACACAAAAACCAAAAGCAUGCCGUCCAACAAAUCGGUGUCAGACGCUCCCAUCACUCAGUUCAUCAACUGCAGGAUCCUGAGGGACAACGAGCUGCAGAGGUACGACACACACACACAACAACACUUGUGCGCCGUGUUAGCGUGGGCCUCUUUUGCUCGACUGGUUCUUGCAGGUCACUCGGCGGCCGACCUGUCGCAGGCCGAGGAGGCGGUGCAGCACGGCGCGUCCUUCAUCACUCACCUGUUCAACGCCAUGCUGCCUUUCCACCAUCGUGACCCGGGUAUAGUGGGUCUGCUGACCAGCGACAGGAUCCCCGCAGGCAGGGCGGUUUAUUACGGCAUGAUAGCUGAUGGCAUCCACACCAACCCUGCAGCCCUGCGCAUCGCUCACAGAGCUCACCCGUCAGGUCUGGUGCUGGUGACGGACGCCAUCACCGCGAUGGGUCUUCCUCCCGGCCGUCACACUCUUGGCCAGCAGGUCAUCGAGAUCCAGGGUCUCCACGCCUACGUGGCAGGCACCAAGACGUUGAGUGGCAGCAUCGCCACGAUGGACAUGUGUGUGCGCCACUUCAAGCAGGCCUCAGGCUGCAGUGUGCAGGAGGCUCUGGAAGCUGCCUCCCUGCAUCCGGCUCAGCUUCUGGGAAUCAGCCCCAAAAAGGGAAAGCUGGACUACGGCUCCGACGCAGGUCAGAGCCGACUGCAUCUUUGUUUCUGCAUCCCUGCUGUUAGAGCUGCUGUAGGUCCUCCUUUGUGUCCUCAGCGUUUUCUUGGAUGUUAAUUUGGGCUGUUAACAGUUGACCAAAGCCUGCAGUUCCUCUAGUGUCC